UCCUGCUUCUGUGUAGGACCCUAAGCACGCACGAGUCAGUGAACACUUGUUAAAGUAGUCUCGACUAGGCUACGGAGAGAAGUAGACUUAAGAUUAAAACUAGAAUCUAGUCUAGAUCUAGCUAGCUUGCGAAUAAUGUCAGGGUACGCAGAUUUAAAGCUGGGAGCCAAAGUAAUUGAAGGCAAGACAAAGAUAAUCUAUGAUCUUGAAAGCCAUCCUGGCAAAGUUCUAGUUGAAUCUAAAGAUAGAAUUACUGCUGGUGAUGGAGCUAGAGCUCAUGAUAUGGCUGGCAAAGCCAAGAUCUCGACAUCCACAGCUGCAGCUGUCUUUAAGCUUCUUAAUGAUGCAGGCAUUAGGACCCACUUCAUUCAGCCACAUGAGGAGAGGUCAUUUAUUGCCCUCAAAUGUCACAUGAUACCCAUUGAGUGGGUCACUCGCAGAGUGGCCACUGGCUCCUUCUUAAAACGUAAUGCUGGUGUUGAGGAGGGGUAUAGAUUCUGUCCCCCCAAGCUUGAGACAUUUUACAAGGAUGAUGCCAACCAUGAUCCUCAGUGGUCAUUUGAGCAAUGUGUGGCCGCUAAGAUGAACUUUGCUGGAGUCACUAUUGGCGCCAAUGAGCUUCACGUCAUGGAGAAGAUGACAGUUACCAUCUUUGAAAUUUUGGAGAAAAUCUGGGCAUCGUUGAACUGCAGCCUCAUUGAUAUGAAAAUUGAGUUUGGUGUAGUUGAUGGCACAGGGGAAAUCGUAUUGGCUGAUAUAAUUGACAGCGAUUCAUGGCGUCUAUGGCCAUCUGGGGACAAAAGGUUGAUGAAGGACAAGCAGGUGUACAGGAAUCUUACUGAGGUCACCUCAGAGGCACUGGACACUGUCAAGCGUAAUUUUGAGUGGGUCGCUGACCAGCUGCAGCACCUUGUCACACAACCUAGGGGCCGUGUGGUUGUUUUCAUGGGGUCAGCCUCUGACAGCAAGCAUGGAGACAAAAUCAAAUCAACCUGCUCAGAGCUGGGAAUUCCCUGUGAUUUACGUGUCACCUCAGCUCACAAACAGACUGAACAAACUAGGAGGAUUUUGGCAGAGUAUGAAGGUGAUGGCGUCCCAACAGUUUUUGUUGCUAUUGCUGGCCGCAGUAAUGGCCUGGGUCCAGUUUUGUCUGGCAACACAGUCUGGCCUGUCAUCAACUGUCCGCCACUGACCCCUGACUGGGGGGCCCAAGAUGUGUGGUCAAGCUUGAGGAUGCCGUCAGGUUUAGGAUGUACCACAGUGACAGACCCUGAGGCAGCAGCUUUGGCCGCUGCACAAAUCCUGGCACUAACUGACCACAUGAUCUGGUCAAAGCUCAGGGCUCGCCAGUUGAACACCUGGGUCGCGCUGGUCGAGGCAGACAAAAAACUUGCAGCUCACUAAAACUUAAGUUUGUCAUUUUUCUUUUUUGAGGGUUUUACACUAAAGGAAUGAUUUUUUCAAAAAUUUCUUGAAUGUUCAAUAGUUUUUUGUUAACUCCUGUUAUACAUAUAAAUCCUCAUUUGACACUGUAUUUACAAUUUCAAUGUGGUGUUAUUGUGCAAGGAAUGUUAUUGAAACUGUCCUUAUCAAUUUUUCACUCUGAAGUGUUUUUAUAAUCUGGUUAGAUUUUUUAAAAGAAAAAAUGUCUAGCUUUAUCCCUACAUUAGUAUUGUUUUGUGUAAUUCAUCUAUCAUUUUUACUAACAUCAUUAUUAACUCACAUCAUUUUUUUACAUGAUAUUACUGAAAGCAGCUUUGCUUACACGUUUAUUUGCUUACGGGAAGAGCUUGAGAUGUAAGGUUACCAUAGAGAGAAGGUGCUUCAUGUUGGUUGUGGUUUUCUAUUGUACAAGUGACAGUCACUACACACCCACUUCCUAUUUUUCUUUUUCUUAUUUUCACAUUGAGAUUCACAAUUUGACUAAAUCAUGUUACAUCAAGUCUGAUUGCUGUUGGUUCAUUUUCAAUUGAAAAUUGUAAACAGACUAUUCCAUUGUAUUUACGGGUAAAAAUCUAUUUUUAUAAACAUUUUAUCUUAAAAGUCUAAAUUCUCAAGUUUAGUUCCCCCGUUUUUUCCCUGGAUUAACUUUAAAUAAACUCAAAUCUUUCACAUUUUAUUUUGUUACAGACAUUCUACACUAUUUUUUAAUAUAUUGCAUUUUUACAUUUUGCUAAUUCCCAUUGUGUUCAUUAAAACUGCUGAAAAUCUAAAUUGUUUUGGUUAAAAUUUAUUCUUGUCUAAGGAAAUGUUACUGGGUUGUUUAUUAGUCCUAAAAAUAAGCUACCACUUGCUGAGAUCUACAUCAAAUAUCUAACAAUUAAAAUAUUAACCCUUGAACUGUGUUAGUUUUGAUCACAAUGUGUCAUUUGUAUCCUACAGAAAAAUUUGUUGGUAAAUUUGCAGUUGCUGCAUUUUUAUCAUUGGAUUGUUUAAUUUGAUCCCAAGGUGUUCAUAACUACAUGAAUGCCCACUUCAAUGACGGUCAAUUAAAACAAAUGUUAGCAAAGAACCCAGCUGUUUUAGAUUGCCCAAAUGUUCUUGCAUGACCUGCAAAAUGUAGUUACUUAAAAAAUAACUAGGUGUAGUUUCAUGUUACUCCAAUAUCAAAGUUUUCAAUGUGUCUGCAAAUUGUUACAAAUGUAAUGUCAAGUGCUUAUAGAAACAACACAUCUAUUCAUACAACUUGUGUGUUCAACAUGCUGGCAAUAGAGAAUAUUUAGCAC